CUUUCCUCUCUCAACCUCUCCACGUUUCAUUUCAAUCUCAACCUUUCCUAUUUCCAAUUCCUUUUUGUGUUUACUUUCUUCUUGUUGUGGACUUUACAAAUCCCAAAUCUUGCUCUUGUUCACACACGCUCUCUCACUCUUCACUCCUUUUCAUUCCCACCCCAACCCCACCAAAAUUCAACCCCUUCUUUGUUAUUUCCUUCGCCGCCGGCAUGUUCGCCGGAGAAAUUUCCGGGCAAUGUCCCUCACCCAUGAUUGUGUUUUCUCUGUUUUUUCUCUGCCUGGCUGUGGCUGGUUCGUCCCUGUCGGAUGAGUUUCAAAUGCUCAUGAAGUUCAAGUCCUCUGUUCAAACUUCAAAUGCCGAUGAUGUUUUCAGUUCCUGGACGGACGUCAAAUCUCCUUGCAAGUUCUCUGGGAUUGUCUGCAAUUCCAAUGGCUUCGUCUCAGAAAUCAAUCUCGCCGGAAAAAAUCUUGUGGGUACUAUCGGAUUUGAUUCACUGUGCGAACUUCAGUCGUUAGAGAGAAUAUCUCUGGAGUUGAACUCCUUUCAUGGAAGGAUCAGUGAAGACCUGAGCAAGUGCAGUAAUUUGAAGUAUUUGGAUUUGGGCGGGAAUUCGUUUUCUGGGGUAAUGCCUGAUUUCUCUAAUUUGAACAAGCUCCAGUACUUGAACUUGAAUGCUAGUGGAAUUUCUGGGUUAUUUCCAUGGAAAUCAUUGGAAAAUCUAACUAGUCUUGAAUUCUUAAGCCUUGGCGAUAACACAUUUGAAAGAAGUCCUUUUCCUAUGGAGGUGUUAAAGCUUGAUAAAUUGUAUUGGCUUUACCUCACAAAUUGCAGUAUCACUGGGAAAAUCCCGUUGGGUAUUGGGAAUCUGACGCAGCUUGAGAAUUUUGAGCUUUCUGAUAAUCUUUUGACAGGUGAAAUCCCAGGUGAUAUUGGAAAGCUUCAGAAGCUGAGACAACUUGAGAUGUAUGACAACUACUUGAUUGGGAAAAUCCCAAUAGGAUUUGGUAACCUCACCAGUCUUGUCUCCUUGGAUUUUUCUAAUAAUCAGCUUGAAGGUGAUAUUUCUGAGCUACGGUUCUUGAGAAACUUAGCUUCUCUUCAGCUUUUUCAGAAUCAAUUCUCUGGAGGAAUUCCAAAUGAGUUUGGAGAUUUCAAAAGCCUCACUGAAUUGUCUCUUUAUGCAAAUAAUUUCUCUGGUCCUCUCCCUCAAAAGCUUGGAUCAUGGGCUGGAUUACAAUAUAUUGAUGUUUCUGAUAACUCUCUCUCUGGUCCUAUACCCCCUGACAUGUGCAGGAACAACAUGACCGAGCUAGCUAUGUUAAACAAUAGCUUCACUGGAAGUAUACCAGAAUCAUACGCGAAUUGUACGGCUAUGGUUCGUUUUCUUGUUAACAGAAACUUGCUUUCUGGUCGUGUUCCUUCAGGUUUAUGGGGCCUGCCAAAUAUGGAAAUAAUUGAUCUUUCAACUAACCGUUUUGAAGGUCCAGUGACAUCUGAUAUUGCUGAAGCAAAAUCUCUUGCACAACUGUUUUUAUCUGACAAUAAGUUCUCAGGUGAGCUACCCUUGGGAAUCUCAGAAGCUUCUUCAUUGGUAUCAAUUAAGCUGAGUUCAAAUGAAUUCUCUGGUAAAAUUCCAGAUACUAUAGGAAACUUGAAGAAAUUGGGUAGCCUUAAGUUGGAUGGAAACAAUUUUUCUGGCUCUAUACCAGAGUCUUUAAGUUCAUGUAUUUCCCUUAGUGAAAUAAACAUUGCUGGUAACUCACUUUCUGGGGGAAUCCCUACAAGUCUUGGCUCUCUGCCUACUCUCAAUUCAUUGAACUUGUCAUCUAAUGGACUUUCUGGUGAAAUUCCAUUGAGCUUGUCAUAUCUUAAACUGAGCCUUCUUGAUUUAUCAAACAACAACUUUUUUGGUCCGGUACCAGAUUCACUCUCUAUUCCAGCAUUUACAGAUGGGUUAAAGGGGAAUCCUGGCUUAUGCAGUGAGACUUUGGAAAAUUUUAGGCCAUGUUCAUUGGAUAGCACUGGUUCUAGUCGAAUUAGGACCAUUAUACUCUGUUUGAUUGCUGGUGUUAUGGCUUUACUCGUUUCAUUGGCAUGUUUAUUCUUCCUGAAACUAAAGCAGAACAAGUUUGAGAAGAAGCCUUUGAAGACUAAUUCCUGGGAUUUGAAGCAGUACCAUGUGAUAAACUUCAAUGAAAAUGAAAUCAUUGAAGGGAUCAAGGCAGAGAAUCUGAUUGGCAAAGGAGGGUCCGGGAACGUUUACAAGGUUGUUCUCAAAUGUGGCAAAGAAUUGGCAGUCAAACACAUAUGGACUUCAAAUCUGGGUGAACCAGGAAGUGGCCGUAGCAGUUCAGCAAUGCUGAAAAGGACUCGCCGGUCCACGGAAUAUGAUGCAGAGGUGGCCACACUGAGCUCCAUAAGGCAUGUAAACGUUGUGAAGCUCUAUUGUAGCAUCACAAGUGAAGAUAGUAGCCUUCUUGUUUAUGAGUUCUUGCCAAAUGGGAGCUUGUGGGAUAGGCUGCACAAUUGCAAGAAAACUCAUAUGGGUUGGGAGGUUAGGUAUGAAAUUGCAUUGGGAGCUGCUAGAGGAUUGGAGUAUUUGCAUCAUGGGUGUGAUAGGCCAGUUAUACAUAGAGAUGUGAAAUCAAGUAACAUCUUAAUUGAUCGGGAAUGGAAGUCAAGGAUUGCUGACUUUGGGCUUGCCAAGAUUGUUCAAGGAGCGGGAGGCAAUUGGACAAAUGUUAUUGCUGGAACACUUGGAUACAUGGCUCCUGAGUAUGCCUACACUUGUAAGGUGACUGAGAAGAGUGAUGUGUACAGCUUCGGAGUAGUUCUAAUGGAGUUAGUGACGGGGAAGAAGCCAAAUGAGCCAGAGUUCGGGGAGAACAAGGACAUAGUCCAUUGGGUAUGUGGCAACAAGAGGACCAAUGAAGACAUGGUUGAACUUGUGGAUCCCGCAAUUCCAACGUAUUUCAAAGAUGAUGCAAUCAAGGUUCUGAGAAUUGCAACACUCUGCACUGUGAAGGUUCCAUACUCAAGACCUUCCAUGAGAACGGUGGUUCAGAUGCUGGAAGAGGCAGCACCUUGUACUCUGACGGAUGUUGUUGUGACUAAAGAUGGUUAAACUAGUUCCAAUAUAGCCAUUGAUGAGUGGCAAAAGAAAAGAGAAAUUCAUCAGUCCAUGAAAUACGUAGUGUGGCUGCAAUGUCAAAGUGUAAACAAAUUUGAAGUAUGUGGUGGUGAGACUGAGAUAGAGGGUGAGCUUUGUAGAUUGUACUACUUGGACAAUAAUUUUCCCCUACAAAUCAGUCUUUCUGACUUUUUCUCUGCAUAAUUGGAUCCUUAUAGAGUGUGAACGCCAUGUGAAAGGGUCUAUAAUUACUUCUUGAAAAA